AUGACUCUCUCCUACAUAUUUGUUUCCAAAUGUGCAGAAAAUACGAUUGAUCUAAUUCCCAUCCAAAGACGCGUCGAACCAACACAGCUGAAUCAAAUAACAGAAUCACCCGUCUGUGACAGCAUUCAGCAAGCGAGCACGCAGGCCAACAGCGAGGCCAGGCAACAAGAAAGAAAGCCACAUGAAGUCGGAAUCAAGAAAUACCGAAGAAUCCCCAGCUCAGAUACACCACCCACUUUUAUUUGGUUCACCUCGACUGACCUCAAACUAGCAAACGCACUAUCAAAAAAGAAGAGACCGUCUCACGACGCCCGUAACAACAAGAGGCCACAGAACGGGCACAACGGGCUGACAAUGAUGGAAUCACGUUCCGAAUCGGUCGACCUGCAUAGUCUCCAUCCCACCACCACAACCUCCAUUGGAUAUCCCAUGCGCCUACGGAACACACACGCAAUGGCUCUGUACACAUGCCGUAAAUAUCCCGGACAUGAUCGACAACAAGAAAACCCUUGA